AAAAUAGCAAAUUUAGAUUUUAGGGACACAGACUGAAGGAGAAAAAGUUAGACGGGGAGUGGGAGGGAGGUACCGCUUUUUUUUAGAGAAAGUACUUGCUAUUGCAGUGAAUGGUGUGUAUUUUUGUAGCUUCCUCUUUUAACCCCUGCAAACAGGAGUACGGUUGGAGGGCGGGAGAAAGUGAAAGAAUGAAGGGUGGUUGACUGAUUAUGUGCAAAGGGGGUGUGUGAGUGGGUGGUGUGUGUGCAGCCUCUCUUUCUCUCUUUCUAUGGACUUUAAGGGCUUUUACCGCUCAUUUUUUUGCAGCAGGCCCCUCUCCUCUUGUCCAGAGCAACAUGUGGACUCCAGCGGCAAAACCAGACGGAAGCGAGGACGAGAACUUUUCAGAAGAGAGUUGAAUGUUUGGAUGUAUGCUGCAGGGCUGAGAUCCAUGCACCGGCUGAGCGUCGGAGCCACAAUAGGAAGCAAUCCCCCCCCUUUUCUCCCCCUUGUAUGUGUGUUUGCUUACGGAAAACAGCUGGGACGCAAAUUGGGCUGAAGAAUAUUUGGAUGCAAUCGCACAGAGGAAGACUGGGCAAAAGUGGAGAAGGGAUCCAAAACGUAGCGGGAAAGUUGGACUGGGAAGACCGAAGUGGGAAAGUCACGCUCUGAAGGGAAAUUUCAAAAGAACAGAAACACAGAAGAUAAAAAUAGAAGCGUCCUGUUCCAGUUGCUCACUUGACCGAGUGGCGCAAUCUCUGUCUUCCAAUCUCUUUUUACCGCUGUGAAAUGGGCCGUUUGAUUGCUAUGACCUUAGCCUACCUGGCAUACCUGUUGCCCACGGCGAUUGGGACUCAGAAGCAGCAGCAUCGCGUGCAGCACGGACCGUGCAGCUACACCUUCAUUCUCCCGGAGGUGGACAACUGCCGUCCUUUAAAGGACUACCAGUUCACUGAUGCGCCGCAGAGAGACUCCCCACCUGAAGCGGAGAAUGACGCCAGCCAAUCCAAGCAACGGCAGGACCAAAGGGAAAGGCCUUCGUGGCAGGAGAGGAAGCUGGAGAGUCUGGAGAGCGCCAUGGAGAACAACACUCAGUGGUUGCAGAAGCUGGAGAACUUCAUCCAAGAGAACGUGCGCUCCGGGAUGGAAGAAAUAAAGAGAUCUGCGGUUCACACUCAGACAGCUGCAAUGCUGGAAAUGGGAACCAACCUCCUGAGCCAAUCGGCGGAGCAGACUCGAAAACUGACCGAUGUGGAGACCCAGGUGUUAAACCAGACGAGUCGCCUAGAGAUCCAGUUGCUCGAGUAUUCGCUCUUCACCAACCGCCUCGAGAAACACAUUCUGCUGCAGACGCAAGAGAUUUCACGCCUCAGUGACAAAAACAGUUUUCUUGAACAAAGGCUGCUGGCGCUCGAAGCUCGAUACGGAAAGGAGCUGCAGAGCUUACAGAGUGAGAAGGAGCAGCUUCAAGAUCUGCUGGAAAGGCAGGGUCAACUGGUUGGUCAGCUUCAGGGUGAACUUGGAAGCUCCACGCUCAACAGCACUUUACUACAGAGCCAGCAGGCCAUGCUCACGGACACCGUGCAGAAGCUGCUGACGAAAGUCAAUCACUGCAACGAGGUUUCCAGCAUCCCCAAGAAGGAGCCGCAUCAUUUCAGGGACUGCGCAGAAAUCCUGCGAUCUGGAGUGAAAGAGAGUGGAGUUUAUAGCAUACGCCUGCACAACUCCACCCGGGACGUUGAGGUGUUCUGCGACAUGAAGACUCAAGGAGGAGGGUGGACAGUCCUGCAGCAUCGGAGGAAUGGCUCCGUUGAUUUCCAUCGUGGAUGGAAGGACUAUAAAAUGGGCUUUGGAGAGCCGUCUGGGGAGCACUGGCUGGGGAAUGAGAUCAUCCACAAGCUGACCGGCUCCCAGGAAUACAGCCUGCAUGUCCAGCUCAAAGACAGGGAGGGGAACGAAGCCUACUCGCACUACGACCGCUUCUACAUCGAAGGAGAGGAAAACAACUACAGCCUCCAUGCGGAGGGCUUCAGCGGCACCGCCGGACGAACCAGCAGCCUCACCCACACGGGAAGCCAGUUCAGCACCAAGGACAGAGACAACGACAGCUGCACCUGCAAGUGCGCUCAGCUCGCGUCCGGAGGAUGGUGGUUUGAGGCUUGUGGUCCAUCCAACCUGAACGGCAUAUAUUAUCCUGCUUCCUCCAAUGUUGUGCGCUACAAUGGUAUUAAGUGGUACUAUUGGAAAGGCCCGAAUACAAUGGCUACCAUGACAACCAUGAUGGUGCGACCAGCUAAUUUUUGAUUGGAUUUCUGAAAAUAAUAAACUAAGAAAAAGAGGUACUGAAGGUUUUGGGAACGUGGAGAAUGUUCCGCCUUAACAUCAGUUCAUGGAACUGGAAUUAAUGAAGGAUGAGAGUUUUUCAAAAGGAGUGAAAUUGUAUUGUCAAGCACAAAUGUUAAAUUUGGUUUCCAUACUCGUUUUUGUGACUCUUUAACUUUAUCUAACACAAAAAAAUGUCUUUUAAAAUGUUUUUUUGUGUGUGUGUUUUUGAGGAUGCUUUCACACUGCCCUGCUUGGUUUGGUUUCUUUGGUUUCCCAGAAACCAAAUAAAUAAAUAGCAUAAUACCUUGAAUUUAAAGCAAAAAAAACUCAGAAAAGCAGCUGCAAUAGGGAUUAAAAAUACAUGCUAAACUAAUAUUUUUAGUAAAAACAUGAACGCAGAUGUCUAGCAGGACUAGCCAGCUUUCCUAUUCAUUUUUUAUUUUUUUUUUUGUUUUCUUUCCGGUGGGCCAUCUUUCAUCCAAAAAACAUCACCCCCAUAGCAUCAUUGGAUGUAUACGCUUUAUAUUUUUUUGUUCACAGUUUGCUGUCAAUACUUUGUGAAUAAAUACAUCACAAAAGCCAAAAAUAAAACAAACAAAACUCCCUCUUCCAUUAGAAUUGUUCCUUAAGUCACUUUAUUGUCAAUUCUCUUAAAGACUCACUUAGAUAAAAAUCGUGUUUUUGUGUUUUCUUCGUGUUCUUGUGGCAUUUUUCUGACUUAUGAAAGGAAAAUUAAGACUAAAAUUCAAUUUCUGAGUAUUGAAGAUUGUAGACAAAUAGAUCCAUGGACGUCUUGGUUUUUCCUGUCCCCCAAAUCACAGACAAAUAGAACUCUUGCUGCUCUGCAGAAACUAUGUCCUAGACAACGACAGUUGUUCUGAAGUUAGGGAAAAACAGCAUUAUCAUAAUCUAAAGGCCCCUGGGAACGCUUUGAAAACACAUUAAAAGAUGAUCAGAAUGGGACUUUGAAGGGUAACCAAACAGGGAAGUUGGAGGCUGACUCCGCCCACAGCCGAAAUGUGAAAAUCCAGUCAGAGGGGUGGGGCUUGGGGGCAGGACUGUUAUCAUUACUGGAGCUGCAGAUCAUGAUGUGGGACUUCUGAAACUUACAUGGUUUGACCAAUCACCAAAUUCAACUGUAGUACAUCAUGUCAACCUGUAGGGGGCAGGAAGUUUAUUUUCAUUUAUUAAAAAAAUGGCAAUGACCAACAGACAGCACUUUUGAAGCCCCAUUUAUAGAGGUCAACAGCCAAAAAAAGUUAAUUUAGUGUUUGGUUACCUUUUAAUAAGAUGUUUUUUUUUGUUUGUUUUUUUUUCUUCUUUUUUUUCUUCAACAAUGAGCAGAAGAGUAUGAGAAGUUUUGAAGGAAUACCCUCUUAAUAACGUCCUAAUACCACUGUAUCAAUUAUAUUCCAUUAAAAUAAGAUUUUUAAGGUUCAUUUUCAAGUUGGAACUUUUGUACUUUUUUAUGUUUGUUAGCAAAACAAGUCACUUCUCCAAGUGUCUGAUUUUUUUCUACUAAAUGUUUAAGAAUGUGUUUGUUGUAAAGUAUAAAUAUUUGUAAAGUGAUGUAA